CUCGGUACUUUACCAGCAGUGAUGCUUCCCUUCCCAAUGCGCCCACUGUGCUUGGCAGCGCGUGGGUGGGGAGGCGAACGGCAAGAGCUUUGGACAUAUAACGUGUAUAUGGUGGGCCUACCCUGCUCCUGCUCGAACUCACUACAUUCCCUCCUACUUUCCUAAGGGUCCACGACCAACCUACGUAUCCACCAUGGCUCAUCAAGAGUCUGUCAUGCGUCACGACGACGCGUUCGAGAAGAGGCCGGUCUCGCUCAAGGAAAACAUCGAUGGCUCCCAAGAUGGCUCCGGAUACGAAUGCGAGUUUAGUGAGCGAGAGCAGAGAAAGAUCAUUCAUCGCAUCGACCGGCGUCUUGUCGUGACUGUGGGAGUGCUGUACUGCAUCAGUUUGAUGGACCGUACCAAUCUCAGCGCUGCUGCUAUCGCUGGUAUGAAUGUCGAGCUUGGCCUGGGCAAGCUAGAAGGCACAAUAUCUCGUUACUCUGUCGUCACCAUCGUAUUCUUCGCUUCCUACAUCGUUUUCCAACCCCCGGCAACAGUAAUUUGUCGCUACCUUGGACCUAGGAACUUCCUCUCGGUUAUUGUGGUGCUAUGGGGUGGUGUCAUGAUCGGCAUGGGCUUUGCAGACAGUUAUGGAACCAUGUCUGCACUACGAGUUGUCCUUGGAGUACUGGAAGCCGGUUUCUUCCCAAGCUGUGUAUACUUGCUGUCCACCUGGUAUACCCGAUACGACAUCGGAAAGCGGUAUUCGUGUUUCUAUAUCCUUGGAAGUCUGGCAUCUGCUUGUGCCGGUAUCCUGGCGUACGGCUUGAUGCAACUGAAAGGCCGAGAGGGUCUGAACGGUUGGCGAUGGAUCUUCAUCAUUGAAGGCGCGCUAACGUGCUUUCUUGGUAUCGUCGGUUACUGGGCACUGGUUGAUUUCCCGGACAAGGCGCAUAAGUCGUGGAACUUCCUGACUGAGCGUGAAGCUAUGUACAUCAUCGACCGUGUCAACAAGGAUCGUGGUGAUGCUAAGCCCGAGCCAUGGUCUUUGGCCAAGUUCUUCAAGGGCGGUGCUGAUAUCAAAAUCUGGGGAUUCGCGAUGAUCUUCUUCAACACAACGACUGUUACGUAUGCGCUGGCGUACUUCCUGCCCAUCAUUCUGACAGGAAACAUGGGCUUCAGCGUCGGCGCAGCCCAAUGUCUUGUUGCGCCUCCUUACGCAUUUGCCGCCAUUGUCAUGUACACAACCGGCUGGCUUGGAGACAAGUACCACCUCCGUGGACCCAUUAUUCUGUUCAACAUGGUCCUCUGCCUCGUCGGACUACCCAUUAUGGGCUUCCAUAGCAACUCGAACGUCAGGUACUUCGGCGUCUUCCUGACCACUGCUGGCGCGAACAGCAACAUCCCCGCCACAAUGUCAUACCAGGCAAACAACAUCAGAGGCCAGUGGAAGCGCGCAUUCUGUUCUGCCAUCUUGGUUGGAAUGGGCGGCGUCGGCGGCAUCGCUGGUGGUCUCGUCUUCAGGGAACAAGACAAGCCCGGAUAUGAGCCUGGACUAUACGCCUGCAUCGCAUGCUGCCUGCUUACAAUCGUUAUUGUCAUUCUAAUAACGUUGAGGUCGUGGAGCUUGAACAAGCGUGCGGAUCGGGGUGAGCUUGAGCUAGAGUACAACGAUGGCGACCAGAAGGGCUUCAGAUACACUUACUAAAGUCGCACCAAGCGUGACCGAUACAGUAAUGACGAUGCUCGUGGUGAACCCUGGGAUUUACGUCGUUGG